AUGUUAGUAUAGAUAAACCAGUGAAUAGGUUUCAGUGUAUCUCUGUAGAUAGCAGUUAUUUUAAAUAGUACAUAAAUAUAUUUUUAUGUGCUUCGUAUUUUAGGGCAGAUCAAGAUUAUGAUAUGGGUCCAACUACAGAAAUGAUGAUAAAUGAUUUUGAUGAUGAACGGACUUUAGAUGAAGAAGAAGCUUUAGAAGGUAGUGAAGACUCUCACAACGAGUUGUCCAACUUGCAAAAGGAAGGUGAUAUGCCACUAAAAGACCUACUUGCGAUGUAUGGAUACGGGGAUCCAUCGACGGAAAAUUCAAACAGUUCAGACCGAAUGCUAAUCCCAUCGGGAAGCGGUGAUCCAGAGAUUGAAGGACAGUAUUCCGAUAAGGGAGAUAACGACGCUGAUGACGAUGAAGAUGACGAUGAAGCGGAUGGAACUAGUAACGAGCCAGAUCUUAAGCAAUUUUAUACAGAGAUGUUGGUGAAAGGAAAGGACUCGUCGUCAUUGGUGUCAGGAUCAACGAUGAAAGGAAGCAAUACCAAUGUAGAUACUGGAGACAGUAGUAGACGACAUCGAAUUCAUGAUGACGAUGAAGAUGAUGAAGAAGGUGAGGCAGAAGAAUGUUCUAUGAUCGACGGUUGUAGCAACAAUGAAAACGCAAGAACGACUUCAACUACUACCGCUAACUGUGCUGGUAUAGCUGCACUCGCCAGCUGUACGAAUGAUAAUACGGCAGGCGGUGUAGAAGGUAGCGUUAGUAGUGGAAUGGUUGAUGGAGGAGAAGACGGAAUAGUUAGCGGUGGCACACUGGGUAGUGGCACAUCAAGAUUAUUGCGAAGCGUAUCGCGGCCGCAAAGCGAAGAGGAAGAAGAUGAUUGUGAUUAUAGUCCAGAUGAAGAGGAAUGGAAGAAGACAAUCAUGGUUGGUAUUAAUUACCAAGCGGCCAUACCAGAAGGUCUUUGUCAUUACGACGACGCUUUACCUUAUGAAAAUGAGGACAAAAUGUUAUGGGAUCCCAGUCACAUACCUGAAGAAGAAACUGAAGAGUUUUUGGAACGGGCACAGUUACCAGCGGUAAAAGGUGGUUCUCUGCCAACUGGAUCUCAUAUUAGAGACGACGAGCAAGCUUUAUAUCUGUUGUUGCAAUGUGGCUACAAUCUUGAGGAGGCAUUAAGAAGACGAAGAAUGAACGUCGUACCGCCAACGGAUGCAGUUAGUCUUUGGUCGGAAGAAGAGUGUCAUAAUUUCGAAUCGGGACUACGGAGUUACGGAAAAGAUUUCCAUCUUAUACAGAAGAAUAAGGUUAGAACGCGAUCUGUUGGCGAACUGGUGCAAUUUUAUUAUCUUUGGAAGAAAACGGAACGGCACGAUAUAUUUACAUACAAGGCACGGUUAGAAAAGAAGAAAUACGCUUUGCAUCCUGGUAUCACGGACUAUAUGGACCGAUUUCUGGAAGAACAAGAGGGUGUUCGCGAUCGUAGCAGCUCACCGAAUGUUCAUUGCUUAUUGUAUGGUGAUACGAAACGGCAAAGGUCAACCGUUAAUGCCCCAAACAAUGACGAAACAAAGCCGACGGAACCUUGGGAUGGUACUGCGAUUGAUCCUUUAGCUGAUUUGAAUGGACCAACGCCAGCACCGCCACCACCUCCUCCUCCACCUCCACCACCACCGGUAUCAACCGCUGUGAUUGUAUCGUCCUCAGGUUCUAUUUCAACUACGUUGUCUACAUCUAUAUAUUGUACCACAUCAAGUCUUCAUUCCGAUUGUUCACCGUCCGAUUCUAGCUACACUAAUCCACAUACAUGGUCAAAUUUGACGUCUCGAAGUCACUCUACCUCCUCUAUCGUAACGACAAUUACGCUAAAUGCCACUACAACUAGCACCGUCCCGCUGGUUACAGCCGUUGGAAUCACAAGCACAGUUGUUACAUCUUGUUCUACCACUUCAGCCACCUCUAACAGUUUUUAUCAUUCAAGAGUGACAUCGAGAAGCAACGAUGUACAUGAUUCACCAUCGCCGGAGAACAUUUUACCUCAUUUGCCCCCUUAG